AUGGUCAAACUAACUUCAAUUGCCGCAGGUGUUGCCGUUAUCGCUGCCGGUGUUGCCGCUGCCCCAGCUACCACCACACUAUCUUCCUCUGACGAAAGAGUUAACUUGGUCGAAUUAGGUGUCUACGUUUCCGAUAUCAGAGCUCACCUGGCUGAAUACUACUCCUUCCAAGCUGCCCACCCAACUGAAACCUACCCAGUUGAGAUUGCUGAAGCUGUCUUCAACUACGGUGAUUUCACCACCAUGUUGACCGGUAUUGCCCCAGACCAAGUCACCAGAAUAAUCACCGGUGUCCCAUGGUACUCCACCAGAUUGAGACCAGCCAUUUCUAGCGCUUUAUCCGUAGAUGGUAUCUACACUGCCGUACCAAACUAA